AACAUGUCUGCCCCCGUGUGAAGAUGGGUGUUUACUUCGGAAUUUGUUUUGUCAACGACUGUUAUCAAUCAUAAUUCAAUGCAGUUUUUAGGUUAUAAGAAAUUACGUGCCAAAAUAUGCGCAUCACUUGCAACUUUAUGAACCAGCGCAUAUAAUUUUUCUUACCCUUAUUUUGUUAUUGAUUGUUGUAGUAUCAAUAUAUUAUCAUCGUCUUGUAAGUUGUAUUUUCUGGGCACCUUGAGGUUGACAUUGCCAUUGCCAUCGCCACAUUUUUUACCCUACGCUACUGUUUACAUUUUCGGCUAUCAAGAAACUGAACACCCAGCACGAUGCUCUUGCGACUAUUUCGCAGGUUUACCCUGCAUCCAAACCUUUCUUUGCAUCUACCGAGGAAUUCCCAGUCUGUCUGCGUAGUGUGCAACAACAAGUUUGGCCUGAGAUCACUGUACAGUAGCAAGCAGUUCAGAUCACCACUAAACAACAAUUCUGAUUCUCGCGAUGAGCCCCAAGGUGGUGAAACGCAACCUCAAGAACAAUCGCCCGCUAAGGUUGACGUAAAAGGUCUCCUGGAUGAUGCAGUAGUUGGUGAACAUGAGGCGAGCCACCCAUCCGAUGCAUGGACUCAGUCCCUUUAUCCAGACACGACCAACCCAAAGCAGAGUCAGGCUGCGAAAUCAUAUAGACCUAAUGUCGACCCUUGCGAGACAUCGAUAUUUCUUUUUCCUGGCCAGGGUAGUCAGUUUGUUGGCAUGGCGAACGGUGUACUUGAGUACCCAAAUACGUUGGAACUAUUCAAGGUCGCUAGCGACAUACUAAAGUUCGACUUGCUCAAUCUGGUCUCUGAGGGUCCAAAGUCACAACUGGACAAGACUGUUAACUGUCAGCCAGCAUUGUUGGUGACUUCCCUGGCUGCUGUGGAGAAACUUCGGUGUACAAAUCCUAAGGCCAUUGAGCAAUGUAUCACAGCAGCUGGCUUCAGUGUUGGAGAAUAUGCAGCAUUGGUCUUUGCUGGUGCUAUCAGUUUUGAAGAUGCACUCAGAAUUGUAAGUCUACGCGCCCAAGCAAUGCAGGAGGCAUCAGAAGCGACACCUAGUGGCAUGUACUCUGUGUUCGUCAGUUCGCAGUCACGACUGGGUCUGGCAUGUGAGCUUGCAAGGGAUUGGUGCAAGAAACAUGGCAUUGUAAAGCCAGAAUGUGGCAUUGCCAACUACAUGUACCCAGGCUGUAAAGUUGUUGCAGGACAUGACGAGGCAUUGAAGUUCAUCUUGCUUAACAAGGAAGAGUUUGGGCUUCUGCGGAUGAGGCGGCUGCCAGUAAGUGGAGCCUUCCACACACCUCUUAUGGGGGAAGUUAUUGGUCCGCUGCGUGAUGCACUCAAACAGAUCGAAAUCAGGGCACCACUAAUCCAUGUGCACUCCAACGUGGAUGGUAUGCGCUACAGGAACCCUGAGCACAUCCGCAAGCAACUGGUAAAACAGGUGCUUAAGCCAGUCAAGUGGGAGCAGACGAUGCAUGCUAUCUAUGAGCGAAAGCCAGAUGUACUGUUCCCGCGCACGUAUGAGGUUGGGCCAGGCAAGCAGCUCACCACUAUCCUAAAGAUGGUGAACCGCAAGGCAGCAGACAUCUGCACACCCGUGCUGUAAGUGAAUAUAGCCCUCUUGCCAGUUGCGCUGAUGUAUUCAGUUGAUGUAUAAAGUAAAAUGAUGACUGUGGGUCUAUAACGAAGAGCGGGAAGAAGAGGAGUAGAGCAAAUUAUGCAAAAAUAAACACUAAACAUUUAAAAAAAAUAGGUGAUUCGUGGGAAUUAUACUGGUGAAAUUUUGAAAUAUUUUUUUAAUAAUUGUUCUGAUGGAUUCUGAGCAGAUAAAUCAAUGCUGUAAACAUGUUAUUUCUUAUGUAGUUUUUUGAUAAUUUUUUACGAUUAGGAAUCACUUCAACUUUUGUAGCAAAUAUACAGUAUUUAUAGAUAAAUAUUAUUUGUGAACAUGACCAUGUCUAGUUUAUUGUGUAGGUUUUUCUGUGACACAAAGUAAAAAUAUAAAACAAACAAAAAGUAUUGCCAAAAAA